CGAACUGACAAUAGCUUCAGCAUAGAUCGAGACCAGCUUCCACAGCUAGUUGCUUCUGACACACGAAGCUGCGAGGUUAUCUCUCUCAAAUGGAAUCAUUUUACUGGCGCAAUAAGGUAGCUGUGGUUACCGGCGCUUCGGUGGGCAUCGGCGCCAGCACCGCAGUUACUCUGGCCAAUGCGGGAAUGGUUGUAGUUGGCCUGGCCAGGCGUGUGGAACUCAUUGAGGCUCUGAAUGCACAAGUUAAUGGUGAGGGUAAAAUCAUUGGACGACAAUGUAAUCUAUGCAAUGAUGAGGACUUAAAAAGCGCAUUCAAUUGGAUACGUGAACGCUUUCAAUGCAUUCAUGUGCUCAUAUGCAAUGCUGGCAUAUUAAAAGCCAACUUUCUAAAAGAAUCACCCACAAAGGAUAUUAAGGAACUGUUCGAUACAAAUGUUGUAGCCACUGCCAGCUGUUUGCGUGAGGCUCUUAAACAUAUGGCGGAAUCUAAAGUUCGUGGACAUAUUAUCGUUAUGAAUAGCGUACUUGGUCAUCGUAUACCGGAAGUGCCGGUACCCUUAUUCAGCGUUUAUCCAGCCACGAAGCAUGCAAUUACUGCACUUUGCCAAACGGUUCGUCAGGAAAUACAUUUUCUCAAAUUAAAUAUUAAAUUAACGAGCAUCUGUCCCGGUAUGGUGGAUACGGAUUUUCUGAAUGUUUACUCACAGGCAGUGGCCGAAUUGCCCAAACUCCAGCCUUUAGAUGUGGCCAAGGCGGUUUUGUAUGCACUUGAUACGCCCGAUGGAGUUCAAGUGGAGGAUAUAAUUCUACAGCAAAUGCGAAAAAAUAAUUAAAGCAAUUUAACAAACGCACAGACAAAUGAACUAUUCUAAACUUUAUUAAUUUCUACUUUAUUUACAACUGUGCAAUUGCAAUAAAAUAUAAUUUUCGAUAUUUUCAAA